AUGACUGGAAUCACAACAGGCCACUCAAACGGUGACCGGGUCGUCGCCGCUCCCGGAAGCAGUCGUCACGACGUCGACGAGACAACAUCACUCCUAAGCGGCACUACCCUCGAGGCCAACAAACCCAUCAACAAGGCCGUAGAAGACGGCAGUGACGACGUUGGCAGCACUGGUGAUGGCGAAAUAACCAUCGUGGCUGAUGAGCUGUCCACCACCCGUCUGGUCGUCAUUUUCGGCACAACUUGGGUGGGCGUCUUCCUCGGCGCCAUCGAUGCCAGCAUCAUCGCCACGCUGUCGGCCCCCAUCGCGAGCGAGUUCCAGUCCUUGAGUCUGCUGUCGUGGAUAGCUACCGCCUAUCUCAUUGCCAAUGCGGCCUGCCAGCCCUUAUCCGGUCGUAUGACCGACAUCUUUGGGCGCGGCCCCGGUUUGGUGUUUAGCAACGUUCUGUUCUCGCUAGGCAACCUCAUUUGCGGUGUAGCCAAGAAUGAGCAGACCAUGAUCCUCGGCAGAGUAAUAGCCGGAAUUGGGGGUGGUGGACUGAUGAGUAUUAGCACCUUUUUGGGAUCGGAUUUGGUUCCUUUGAGGAAGAGAGGUGUGGUUCAGGGUUUGGGUAAUAUUUUCUACGGAGCCGGUGCCAUGCUAGGCGGUGUUUUUGGCGGCUUCCUCAACGACACCUCCUCCUGGGGCUGGCGCCUUGCCUUCCUCGUCCAGGUUCCCGUCAGUCUUGUCUCGGCCGUGCUGGUCUACUUCCUCGUCAAGGUCCCUCCCAAGGUCUCCAACAAGUCGCUCAUCUCGCGCAUCGACUUCCUGGGCUCUUUCUUCACCAUCACCUUCCUCAUUCUCCUACUCCUGGGUCUCAAUGCCGGUGGUAACGUCGUGCCCUGGACGCACCCGCUUGUGCUGAUCUCCAUUCCCCUAUCCUUCAUCAUGCUCGCCGGCUUCAUCUAUUGGGAAUCUCGCCCCUGCAACACCCAACCCAUCAUCCCCGUCCGCCUGCUCGCCCACCGUACCGUCUUCACCGCCUGCGUCACCAACCUCAUGUGCACCAUGGUCACCAUGAUGCUCACCUUCUACGUCCCCAUUUACCUGAUGGUUCUCGGUCACACCCCCACCCAAGCCGGUCUCCGCUUGCUCGCCUCCCCGCUGGCCGUCUGCUUCACCAGCUUCGGCUCGGGCCUGAUCAUGAAGGCCACCGGCUUGUACAAGGCGUUGGGCAUCGCCGUCGUCUCGACGCUCGUUGCGGGCGUCGCCGUCCUCACCACCCUAGGUCUGCACACUCCCGGCUGGAUUGUCUUUGUGGCCCUCUUCCUAAUCGGAGGCGGCUACGGCGGCAUGUUGACCGUCACCAUGGUCGCCUGCAUUGCGGCGGUAGACCACUCGCAGCAGGCCGUCAUCACGAGCGCUACUUACGCUUUCCGCUCGGUUGGUGCGACGGUGGGCAUCACGGUUGCGUCGACGGUGUACCAGAACAUCCUCAAGACGGAGCUGUGGGCCCGCUUCGGUGAUUGGCCGGGGGCGGAGCAGCAGAUUGGUAGGAUCAGAGACGACUUGGGCGAGCUGAACAGGUUGCCGCUGGCGUGGAGGGAGGGCGUGAUGGAGUCGUUCAUGGCGGCGUUCAGGGGCGUUUGGUUCACAGCCUUGGGCAUGGCAGCGGCUGGGUUGGUGGCUGUUUCUUUGAUGAAGCAGCAUAAGCUGCAUUCGACCCUCACGAGACGCGAGGAUUGA